GAGGCCGAAGAAGAAAAUAAGAAUCAGCUGUCAGAAAAUGAUGAAAAAGACAGAAAAAACAUGCUUGUGGUCCUUAAAACUUUGCGAUCACAAGCUGUUGCUAACAUGGAAUACUUUCAAGUCGGGUCUGACACCACCCGUAGCCGAUUUCAUGCGAUAUUCUGCCUUUUACACGACCAUCUUGAAAGGGGUAUUGAACCGUUCGUUGAUUAUUUGUUUCGGGUAGCCAGCCAGUACGAUGCAUGUGGAGUCCGUGCGAACGGUUACCGAAGUCUCCUCAAAAUAAUUCAAAGAUGCUGCAUAACUGUGCUGCAAAUAACGCGGCAUAUUUGUGUUAACAAGGAGUCGAUGUUAUUCCGAAGCAGUCACUAUUGUCGUGAGCUCGAAGCCUAUGUCACAACUUUGGGACAGUUGAGGGCGUGUCUUGUCUACGUAGAAAAGCUUCCAGAAUGGAGUAAGAAAGGGUCGCUAUUUGCUGACGAAGACAAGCUGAUGGAUGAAACGGCAGACGAAUUGAUGAUGGAAGUCGAAUCGUUGAAUCAGGAGUGUUUCUAUGGUCGUUGUUUAGGUUUUCAGUACUGUGAAUCGCUUCAAAAGCCUUUUCGGAUGAUAGCUAUCGCCAUGGCGUCAUUCAGUGAUGGUUUCACCCAUGAUACCUCAAUGGCCAAGUUUGCCUCCUCUGUGAUGCAUAGCGGAAAGUACUUCAUGAAUCCUGAACUUAGAGCACAACAAGUCAUUGCCACGACAACCAAUGCCGACAUUGGAUUUUGCAAAGCAUUUUGGAACAUUACGGAGCAUGAUUUCUUCCAAGAUCUGCCGAGGAUGGUGUGUCCACCAGUCCACCUCAGCCAGCCAAUCAUAAUCGACCCAUAUUCAUUUGAACUACCUCGACGAGACAACAGGGGCUUUGCAACGAUUCUGCCACCCACUGCUCACCGAGGUCAAGGGCCGAUUUAUUGUCGGCUCAUAUCUCAUGAAUAUCGAGAAGGACAGGAGCAACUCUGUAAGAAGGACAUUUUUAGCCAUAAAUCUGCCCCACCGUCACCUUGUCUCGUCAUCCACUGUCAUGGCGGAGGAUUCGUUGCUCAAUCUUCAAAAUCCCAUGAGACUUACCUCAGACACUGGGCCAGAGAUUUACGUGUUCCCAUCCUGUCCAUAGAUUACUCCCUAGCGCCCGAGGAUCCCUUUCCCAGAGCUGUGGAGGAAGUGUUCUUCGUUUACGCCUGGGCACUGGACAACUGUGAUCUACUAGGAUCCACUGGUGAGCACAUCUGCAUCUGCGGCGACAGUGCCGGAGGGAAUCUUACCAUGAGCAUCUGCGUCAAGGCUAUCCAAGAAGGUAUCCGGCUCCCAGAUGGUGUCAUGGCGGCAUAUCCGGCCGUCCUUGUCCGUUUCACCCCAACUCCUUCCAGGCUACUUGCCAUUAUGGAUCCCCUGUUGCCGGUGGGGAUUCUGUCUAGGUGCUUAGCAGCUUAUGCAGGUGUAGCUGAGUCGGACAUCCCGAAAUACUUCAAUGCUGCAAAACGACGCAAUUCAUCCCACAAUGCCGUCGUUCAUCAACCCCAGAAAAGUCACAAACGCCGCCAUUCGACAAGUCUUACGAAGGGAACAAAAGGGUCGCCUGUCAAGUUCAUGGUCGGAGAAGAGGAGGAAGAGACUUCGAUUGAGGACGUUUUUUGUAUGUCAUGUCGGAGUGACAGGCCGGAUUCAACUCUUGGAAUGGUGGCUAAUUCGACUCAUGGGAUGGUAGUCGAUCAGACCUUGUCUGACCUGGCCGAUAAGCUUUGCGAGGAGGAGUUUACAGAGGAGGACGCUCCAGAUGAUUGUAAGAGUGCUGCAGAUGGUGAUACCACAGUCACAAAAGUUGUUGAUGGUGCUGCGAAGUGUGAUCCCGAUAUUGCUAGUGAUAAAUCGUCAUCGGGAGAUUCUGCGUUGCAAGGCACUGAGGGGGAAGUGGAGUCGAUUUUUUCAUCAUCCGAUACUACUAGCCAAAGUGUUGACAAAACUCGUCCGAUUUGCGAUUCAGGGAAUGUUGAGGAAGGUCAUGCAAAUAGGCUGCAGUUAGAUCUAACUCUAACAGAAGAACUGAGUCAACAAAAUCUACGUACUACCAAUGCUCCUUUAGCUCCUAACCAUCUAAGUUCUGGUCGGGAACCGGGCAUAUGGCAUAUGUCCUUUACACCAAGCACUGAUAGUCCUGAAUACUUUGACACGAUUUCCGCAAACACUUUAGAAAAUUCAAGCUCACUUUCACCCGGUAGUCUAGAGUACUUGGAUGCUACAGACGCUAAUUCAGAGACUCCACAGUUUCAUACGCCUGGGGCUGAUGCUUCCGAGGAUGGUAUAGGGUCUGGACCAAAUAUAGGGUCGUUGGCUGAUGAGUGUGGGACUGAUGAUAACUGUGAUAAAGCCGAAGGUUUAAAAUAUGAUGAUGAAAUCAACAAGGCAGAAAAAGACGUACCAGCAGUUUUUAGUGAAAAGGAAGAAAUUACUUCUAGUGGGGAAGGUGCAAUAGAAAGGUGCAAUUUGGCUGCUGGGACAACUUUGGCAGAAGAUUCGAGUAACUUGAACAUUGUCAGUGGAGGGGAUGGUGGUACGGUCACCGAGAGUUUACUUGUUGGUAGCCAGAAAGUCAGUCGGUCUGAAGUUGUAGGCGAUAGUCAUGAAGAGGGGAACGUUGACAAUGAUAAGAGUUCCAAGUCGACCUCGGAAUUACCAGAUGGUGCAUCUCUGGAUAUAACAACAUUGCCCCGCCAAGUUUCCUGUGAUGUUCCAACAACCGAACAGGAGAUUGAAGGUGUAGUGAUCGGGUGUGAGGCGGUGGAACCGGCAAGUUCUGGCGACGAACUCGAAGAAGAUAUCAAAAGUGACACCGUCGAUUCUGGGUUUUCCAACUCAGAGGAGGAGUGGGUAGUUUACGAGGAGAGUGAUAUCGCUGCAUUGCGACAAAAAUCUGAGAGUCCGGAUGGUGCUGUGGGAGGUACUAGUGCGGAAACUCAAAACAAUCAAACGAGGACUCUGGCCAGGUCUAACCAGCCAGCUGAUGACAGGGCUUGGUCUGCCUGGGUCCACUCAACAUGGUCGCUUAGCACUAAGUUCCCAGAUCAAGGAAGCCUUAAAAGUCACUUUUCAAACUUUAGAAGAUAUAUGGGAUUCUCGAAUAGGAAUAUGUACAGUCCGUUAAGGAAGAGCCCAUCGACUCCUGUGAUGCCAAGUGGAUCCACGUUCCAGCCUGAGAAGAGGAACAUCAGCAACUUUAAGAACAUCACGCAUCCUCUGCAUCAUUUCCGCUAUCUGCCGGUCACCAAGGAUCCAUUGAUGUCGCCCUUCUUGGCCAGCGAUGAAAUCUUGAAGCAAAUGCCUCCUGUCUAUCUUGUGGCCUCCCACCUUGACCCUCUCCUUGACGAUUCGGUCAUGUUUGCCAAGAAGUUAGACAGUCUCGGCAAGGAGGUACAUCUGGACGUGUUUGAGGACGUUCCGCAUGGAUUCUUAAACUUUGUUCUCCUGAGUAAGGAGGCAAAGAAGGCUGGUGAUACGUGCGUCGCAAGAAUUCGGGAAAUCCUCAUGAGAAAUAUGAAAAAUUCUACGCCAAAGUUGAGGAAGUUGUCAGAAUCGAGAUAGAAACGAAAUUUCAACUAACGACCUGCCUAAUCUUUUUGACUGGGGAAAUUGGUGGUAGGGACAUUCAUGCGGACAUUACAUAACAAACUAACAUUCAGUGACAAAUUUUGGAAUCUUCAUGAAAGAGGAAGUAAAUCAAAAUUUGUCUAUUAUCAUAAACGAGCAUCCUCUCACAGCAGGCUUUUGGGUCAUUCCUAAAAUACACUUAUUAUACACUCUGAUAAUGAGUGUGAGUGUAUUGAGGAUUGUUCCACAGGCCUGCUAUGGGAGGAUGGGUUGCUGAAUGACCUCCCUGUCUCAACUCGCUGAAGAAAUAUUUUAAUGUUACUUAUUAUUGAUGUUAUUGUUGUUACCGAGUUUGUAUAAUUCAGUCAUUUAGCCAGAGGUGCUACGAAGUCCUAGGUUUAUCGGAGUCAAAUGUGCAUUUUUAUAUCUGUGUAUAUAUGCUGGUGUAUGUAAAUAUAUAGACAACUCCUGAAAUGUUAGGAGGAUGUGGACCGUCCAAUGUGGAUAUGGAGUAUAUAUUUAUGUAGUCUGAUCGUACAACUAUCCUAUAUUUUAUAGGAGCACGUACGGACUUCUCUUCACUACAGGCUGUGUCCUAAUUGAUAGGCCUGGCACAGGCUGUCCACAUAACUUAUUUAACUUCCACAUAACUUAUUUAAUUCACAUGGUGAACUUAUUUUCUGUACUCUGCCUGUAAAUUGGAUAUAGGCCUAUUUAUUAGGCUGGCUGUAAAAUUCUCAGAACUUCACCAACGGACUGGGCCUAUAAGGAAUGUAUGCAUGCCUGAAUAAUAUGUACCCACAUGUAGUCACUUGCACUGCAUUUAUAUAAGGAUUUAGAUUAUGUGCUGUAGAACCCUAAUACAAUGAACACUGCUAUAAAAAGUGAUAAGCUGGCAUAGCCUCAGUUAGUAUGUUAGUGUGCCGAAUUGUUAACGAAUUCUUACACGCCGUUUAUUUUACCAGAAUAAA